AUGGCUGAUGAACCUUUCGAUAGUUGGGAAGAAGCGGCAGAAUCACAAAAUUUUGAGAAGAAAUUAGACCAGAUUGAACGUAAGCAACGAGAAAAGGACACAAAAACAAAAACUAUUCCAAAUGUGCCAUCAGAUACUGUUAUUGUUGAAGAAGAUUCUAGAUCGACAGCCUUUCAACCUCAGAUUCGCAUUCUAAAACGAGGUGCUGAACAAGGAGGCCAACGUCCGAUACAUUCUACAGUUAAUCCUGUUCAGCCACAACAAAAGACCUUGGCUGAAAGAGAGGCCGAAUAUGCUGCCGCUAGGGCUCGGAUUCUGGGUUCGGAUGCUGAAACUGGUCCUAGAUAG